AAAUAAUAGCUGGAGUUUCUACGUACGACUUUGUAGGUAUGACACUUAGUAUUUAGAGAGCGUUCGGCGAAGAAUGAAUAAAUCAGCGACUCAUAUAAGAUGAACCUGCAAAAUGCGGUUGUACUACAGGAUGAAACAGAAUCUCCUAAUUUAGAGAAUUCAGUGAUUGGAUUCGGAGAUGACGCACAACUGCGCUUCAAAAUAAGCAAUACAGGAUUUCUACAAUUAAAUUAUGAUAUUAUGGAAGAAGGAAUUUACAAUUUCUGUGCAAUGCUGAAUAACGAACGUCGUAUACAAUCAUCGAAUUUAAGAUGUGCGGUGAAACAGAUCGUGACGAAAACGGGUGUACAAGUUUUUUACGUCUAUGGCUCUGGCAUUCUUUCAGGAAGUUGUGAAAAAUUAACACAAUUCACUAUAAAAACCACUGAAAAGAUUUACAAUCCUGAUUUAAGCAACAGAUUACAAAUAUCUAUCAUAGAUCCAAAUAGACAUAUUUUGAAAAAAAACGUAACUAUUAAAUCAGUUCAAGAAGGAAUAAUACAAGUUGAUUAUACUCCUAUAAUACCAGGAGUACAUGAUGUCUUGUUUAUGUUGGACAACGUUAAAAUAUGGAAAAGUCCUUUUAAGGUUACAGUUAAACAUGAUGGAGUACAAUCAGAAAAAUGCUUCGACGAAGAAAUAAAAUUUAGAUUACCGCAUACGAUAAGAAGAGAUAUUAUUAGUCAAUACGUGGUGUUCCUCAGAAACGAAAACAUGAUUUAUCAUGGGAAACUUAUACCAAAACCAGAUGGCUCUGUCAGCGUAGCAUUCAUACCACAGAGUGAAAGAAUACACCAUGUAUAUGUCAUGAAAAAUUGUUCAAUGAUACAGGUAAACCCGAUCAUGAGUAUUGAUGUAAAUAAAAGUAUGCUUGCUCAAGCACACAAAGUCCUGAUAACGGGACAAGCCACAGAACUGGGAUAUACGAACGAGGAUAACGAGUUUGGAGUUGAUUUUACAGCUGCGGGAUAUGGACAAUUAUGUGUUAAAAUGACAGGCCCUAGCAAGGCCAACAUUAACAUUCAACCUUCUGAAGAAAGAUGUGCUAAGGUCACAUAUAAGGUGGCCUUAUCGGGUAAAUACUGCCUGGAAAUUUUUUAUUCGUCUAAAUUAGUAGCUGCAUUUCCGAAAAUAAUAUCCAUUGCCAACCGGUGUAAUCCACGAACUUCAUAUGCAGCGGUGCUUAAGAGUCUGCUCAAUAGAUUUUAGUUGCUGAUUGCUGCUGUGCUCCAGACAAUUAACAUUAAAUUUAUCGUUUAUUAUUUUGUUUUAAUACAAAAGUUGUACUUGCUAUAUUGAACUGUAAAAAUAAUGAAAUAAGAUAAAAAUAGUCGUUGAA